CUUUAACAUGUGUGAGUAAACAAUAUGUGUAGAUCUUAAUAUAAAUGUAUUUACACAGACAUUCAUUCUUGAAAUUACAGUGGGUCACAAGGUAGAUAUCAGUACUUAGACUGUUAAUGAAGAAUGGCAGCAAUGAUCUGGUAAUAAUUAGAUUAUUUACUUAAGUUUGAGUGAAACCGUACAUAAAGCAAGGGGACUGUCUCUCAGUAAAGUCAGUAAAAAUUAAUAAUCGCCCCACAACGUCUCAUUUCUAUAAUCCCACCGAUGUGUUCUCAGGUAGGAACCGACGUGCACAGAUCUUGUUCUACCGGACGGGACGCAAAGACGCAUACAUGUUCGCCGUUUCCUUGGUAACAUCAUUACGUUCGCUAUUUAAAAUCCACGUUAACGAUUUGUUUAAACAACAUGGACGUCCAGGAACGAAAUGUCCUGAGCUGUGGAGAGAACAUAGUGGAAAUGCUUGACAUGGACGAAGAAAACUUUGCUAUUUCCAGUUCCUCAGCUGCAGAUGCCGCUUUUGAUGCUGUUAUUGGCUGCAUAGAGGACAUAAUCAUGGAGGAGGAUUUCCAGCAGCUUCAGAAGAGCUUCUUGGACAAACACUACCUGGAGUUUGAUGACUCUGACGAGAACAAGCUCAGCUACACACCCAUCUUCAAUGACUAUGUUGACCUGCUGGAGAAACACCUGGAGCUGCAGCUGAUGGAGAGGAUCCCCGGCUUCAACAUGAACAUUUUCAUAGAGAUGCUCAUGCAACACAAGGAGGAGGUGCCAGGUGACAUCUUUGACAUGCUGCUGACGUUCACUGACUUCAUGGCCUUCAAAGAGAUGUUUCUGGCAUACAGAGCUGAGAUAGAGGGUCGAGGUCUGGACCUGAGUCAAGGACUGGUGGUCACAUCUCUGAUUCCCACAGGCUCCAAACACACUGGCUCCACUGAAUCGCAGUGAUACUCACACACACAAACUGUCAACCCCUUGAAAUGCCUCCUCCUCUAUAUGUUUAUGUCAAAUGUUGUCCAUGGGCUUUCAGAAAGUUGUUAGCUUGUGGUCAGUGGUUUUUGUGAGUUUUGUACUCUGAUGGUGCGCUGCUGGAUACCCUUCACAUAAAUCUACAGUGCAUAAAUGGCCCCUAACAGGAAAUUCAUAUAUGCAUUCCUCUGUGUUUUAUGUGCUUGUUAGCACAUAAAGAUAAGUGGGUGGGAUGGUAUGUGUGUUUAAGAGAGAUGGAAGGUUUAGGCUUCUCUCUACUCUCCAACAACUGCACUAGACAUGAUGACUACUUGAAAUAUUCAAAUUUGUUUAACUGGAAUUUGCAGGUGAGAGGCUUGCUCCUGAUUUUACAAUCAUCCUCUUAUUCACAUAUAUUUUUAUUAAGAUCAGGCAUUCAUUAGUUCUGCGUGGUUGGGGAGUAGGAACCUCAAACUGGUGCUGGUACUAGACUUGUGUGUUUCAGGUCAUCCAACUGGUUCUUAUGUUCCUCUAGUAAACGGGGGAAACCUUUUGAUGUGAUUGAAUGUUUGAAUCUGCUCUCUUUGCCUGGUAUGUUUUUUCAUAAGAAAAGAAUAUAGCAGAACUAAUGCAUGUUUUAAAUUAUUUGGUAAACUCAUUAAAUUGAGUUUUGUGUCUGUGAAAGUGAUUAUCAAUGUAUAUAGUGACUGUGUCAUGUUAAGACUUCUGUCUUAACAUGACAGCUGUAAUUGUAAUAGUAUAUUUAUGUCAUGGUGAAAUACUUUUGAUGUCACAUUUGUUAGUAAAAAGAUAUUUUCAAAUAAACAGGUAAAAGCCUUA